AUGAUGAUGGCUCUGCGAUGCCGCCACUUGCUUUUUUGCUCUUUAAACAGGCCAACACUCGUUCAGUGUGGACAAAGUGGUCAAACUAGUGCACAACAACUGAAUAUCUCACAAGUACCAGCCGCAGGGCACCCAUUCAUGGAGUCGCUAUUCGCCUACACUGCCGGUCGAUGGCUACAUCUUGACCGUCAACAGCGCGAAGCACGAUAUCUCCAGUUCAACUUCCAACGCCUAUGUGAGAAGGUACUUUCUCUCUGCCCUUCCGCUACAUCGAUUGAGAGCUGCCAGAAGCUCGAGGGCGGCUUUAGCAGAGCAUUUGUUAUCACAGCCAAUGACGGCAGGCGUGUGGUUGCAAAAUUUCCAACAUCCGUUGCUGGCCCGGCCACACACGUCACAAACUCAGAAGUUGCAACAAUUAGUUAUUUGCAACAAAAAACCAAAAUACCAAUUCCAGCCAUUUUAGACUGGAGCGAUGACCCAACCAACCCCAUUGGUUCGGCAUACAUUAUCAUGGAACAUGCAGGUGGCAUUUCUUUGCAGCACAUGUGGCCCAACAUGUCAUUUUCCCAGAAAAUGAACUGUAUUAGGUCAAUCUCCACGAGUAUAAUGGAGAUGUCCGGUCUUGAUUUUCCAGCAUAUGGCAGCCUUUAUUUUGCUGAUGCAGCAUUACUUGAUUCUGAUUCCAAGCAAGAGCUCUCUGAUCCGAAGUACUGCAUUGGCCCGCUCUGCAGACCCACAUACUGGGAUUGUAAUGUUGGGGAGCCGAGAUAUUUUGCAUUCAAGGGGCCAAACAGGGGACCAUGGCGUGACCUAUCCUCAUACUCCUCAGCUUUAAUCGAUGCUGGUCUUGCAAGGCUGCCUCUAGCCGACAAUCCCAUUACACGUCCACGACCAUCUUACCAAGGCUCUGUGGACAAACAUCUUGAACUUUUGAAUUUGGGUCGCAGUGUAUUCCUGAAGCUGAUACAGCAUCCCCAAAUACAAUCCAAUGCUGCUCCAACUAUUUUUCACCCUGACCUCCACAGAAGAAACAUCUUUGUCUCUGAGAAUGAUCCCACUGUUGUGACCGCGAUUAUUGAUUGGCAAUCGACAUGUGUUGAGCCGGCAUUCUAUUAUGCGGACGAUGUGCCCGAUUUUGCGAAGCCUUUCUUGGAGAAGACAUCAGAAUCAGAGGCUGCCACUGAGGACAAUCUUUGCGCUCAGGCUUUUGAAGCGGGGUUAGGCCUUCUAGCUCCGCGGCUAGCGGCAACAAGAAAGAUUGACGAGACUCUUCUUCGGCCGUUCCGCUAUUGUCAUAGGACAUGGAAAGAUGGUUUUGUACCAUUCACGCAUGAAUUGAUACAGCUGAGGGAUCGUUGGCAAGUCCUUGGCUUUAAAGAUGACUGUCCUAUUCCAGCCUUAGGCCCAGAUGAGUUGCGUGUUUAUCAGGAACAACUCGAGAUAUAUGACAAAAUGUUGUCUCUCAGGCAGGAUAUCGUCGAGAUCUUAGGAGUUGAGCAGGAUGGCUGGGUCCCUGCAGACCGCUGGCAAGACGUAAGGGCGGCUCAUCAGCAAGUGUAUGCGAGUGUUAUGGGUGCCAUGGAGAGCGAAAAGGACUAUGAGGAUAUGAAGAUGAUGUGGCCGUUCGAUGGUGUUCAACAAUCCGCCACUUAGAUGGGGAAAAGAGAGAAAAAAGCGUGUUAUGUACAAAUGAUUAAGGAACGUUGAGCUCCGUCCUCAUGAUAUUGCGCUAAGGAUAGCGAAGAUAAAAGGUGGGGCGAAAGAAGACCUUUUCGUCUCUGGUCUCUCGUCUCGGGGCCUGGCAUUAGCACCAGGCUUUCGUCAUUAGAGGGCUUCCAUGUAUGUUUGCUGUGAAGAAUAUGAGCAGGUCUCGGUCUGCUGUUUCCUCCACUGCAUGCAGGAGCUCGUGGCCGCAUUCCAGGCAUCUCCAGGGUAUGUUGCAACUCGAAUUGAUCGAGUGCGCGGCUUUCUAAAAAGAUGCACAGACAGAUGUUGAAUAGUGCACCGUCAAGCCCAAGUUGCUGAGUGCCUUCAUGAAAUGCACACCAUCGGGAUGGUAAAGCCUGGGCCGGUCGGUGGUUUGGCAGGUCUCGCGACAGGUGCCAAUGGAACCUGUUGUUGUCGCC